AUGAGGAAAUGCUGGGUCUGUUCUGGGAGCACCUGCCUGCCAUCGAUCCAGAGGAGCUGGCUGUACGCAUGCGACGGCUCCGGGAUGGCAUUAGGGCUAUGGAAGAGAGGAAACAGGCCCUCCUCCGAGAAGAACAGGGCCUCAUUGUGGCCGCCGCCCACCGCGCCCCCGGUCCCCAGUAAGACUAGAAUAGAAGAGUCCGUCGACUCUUUCUAUCAGAUUGAAAUAAGUGUCUGUAGACGCAAAGUAGUUUGUUUUAAUGUAUGGUCUUCUUCUCCUUUGUUUGGUUUUCUUUGUUGUGUUUGCAUGAACACCUAG